AUGUUUCAUGUUGGUUUCAACCAAAUGAUGCAAAGGCUUGUGGUAUGUUAUAUUGAUCCAACCCCAAAUAAUCCCAAGGUGCUAUAUGAGAAUGGAGUGAAUGGGAUGCUGGCAGACGAGAUGGGGUUGGGUAAGACAGUGCAGACAAUAGCGCUGCUGUGUCAUCUCGUCGAGAAAGGUGUCAAGGGUCCCUUCUUGGUGGUGGCCCCCCUCAGCACGCUGUGCAACUGGUGCAACGAGAUCAAGAUGUUUGCUCCGCAGCUGCCGUACGUGUUGUUCCAUGGCAAUGAGGACGUGCGUCGUGAGAAGAUGAAGCUGUUCAACAAGACGUCGCCCGUGACGGUUACGUUACCUGAUGGCAGCUCCGUUACCCACAACGUCUGCCCUAUUGUUGUCACCAGCUACGAGAUUGCAAUUUUGUCACACCGUCUCCUGAGCCCCUACCAAUGGCGCUAUCUUGCUGUGGAUGAGGGACAUCGGAUAAAAAAUUAUGAAUGUCGUCUCGCCAAAUGUUUGAAGAACUACAAGUGCCCCAGUCGUCUGCUGCUCACCGGCACGCCGCUGCAGAACUCCCUGGCUGAGCUGUGGUCCUUGCUUAACUUCCUCCUGCCCAUGGUGUUUGACUCACUGGACGUGUUUGAGUCGUGGUUUGACGUGACCAACAUGGCGAAUGAUGACGCUGAACUCCGCAUCGUUAAACAAGAAGAAGAAUCAAGAAUCAUCAGCACUCUGCAUCAGAUUUUGUCGCCAUUCCUGCUUCGAAUGGGUGAGUUAUUUUAUCUAAAAGUUAUGCUGGAAAAAGACUUGGCGGUCUUCAAGGAACAUGAAGGUAUGGUUGAAGAAGUAACGUACGACAGCAAAGGACGGCCCAUACGGCGCUGCGCGACUCAAGGUGCAGGACGCGUCAAGGCGCUGCUGGACGGCAUGCACCUCGACAGUCCCGUAGGCCUGGACAGGUUCUUAGCCGCCCUACAGCUCUUCCAGCCUGCAUCUGAUGGACUCCCAGAAAAAGAAACCAAAAGCAAGUUGCGGGUUCGACUGCAGAACCGCAUGAUGCAGUGCAGGAGAGUGGUGAACCACCCCUACCUCAUCUCCUACCCCCUCACCCCCGACGGACAGUAUAAGGUGGACGAAGAGCUGGUAUCCUCGUGCGGCAAGCUACAGGUGUUGGACCAGCUGCUGCAGGAGCUGUACAGUCGCGGUCACAAGGUGCUACUCUUCUCUCAGAUGACUAAACUGCUCGACAUCCUGCACGACUACCUCACUCUACGUCCUCAGUACAGCUACCUCAGGCUCGAUGGAUCUGUGUCUCUAGAAGACCGUCAGGCAGACAUUGAUUCCUUCAACAAAGACUCGGACGUUUUUCUCUUCCUACUCAGUACCAGGGCCGGGAGCUUGGGCAUCAACCUGACGGCGGCCGACACGGUCAUCAUCUACGACAGCGACUGGAACCCUCAGCAGGACCUGCAGGCGCAGGACCGCUGCCACAGGAUAGGCCAGACCAAACCUGUGCUGGUGCUGCGGCUAGUGACUGCUGCUAGUAUCGACGAGAAAAUUGUGGAGCGAGCCAACAGCAAGCGAUGCCUUGAGAAACUCAUCAUGAAAGCUGGGCGCUUCAAACAAGUCAAGGACAGGUAUUGGCUGCUUGGUGUAAGAGCAAGUCAAGGACAGGUAUUGGCUGCUUGGUGUAAGAGCAAGUCAAGGACAGGUAUUGGCUGCAUGGUGUAAGAGCAAGUCAAGGACAGGUAUUGACUGCUUGGUGUAAGAGCAAGUCAAGGACAGGUAUUGACUGCUUGGUGUAAGAGCAAGUCAAGGACAGGU